AUGACGAAAGACCUCGAUUUCUGCCAUCAGUGUUCGGUUGGAGAUAAGGGAAAGCUUAUCCUUUGCAAAGAAUGUAAAAAGCUAAUGUAUUGUAAGCAAUGUAAAAGGAAAUGGUACCCACAUCUAUUUUAUGAGAAGGGUGUUAUUGAAAAAUGUCCUUUUUGCCUCAAAAUUUGUAACUGCAGGGAAUGCUUGAAAUUGAAGGAUUUAAUUGAGGUAUCAAAGUGGAAACCGGAUUCUGAAAGAUGCCAUCAUCUCAAGUACCUGAUUGCAUCGAUGCUUCCGUUUGUAAAUGAGAUAAUUGAAGCUCAGAAGCAUGAGAUUGAAGAGGAGGCAAAAAUUCAAGGAAUACAGUCUUUUGAAGUUAAGGCAACUCUGACAGAAGCCCCCGUUAAUCAACGCAUGUACUGUGAUCUCUGCCAAACUUCAAUUUUUGACUUGCACCGAUCCUGCUCCUUUGAAAAUUGCGAGUAUGAACUUUGUUUAAACUGCUGUCAAGAGAUCCGCAAAGAAAAGGAAUAUUUUCACGGUUCACAUGCAUCAGAAUCGAGAUCCACCUCCGCUCCGAAGGACAAAGAUAAUCCUAGCCAAUCUAUUAAGUGGCAUGCUGAUCAUAACGGAAUGAUCUUUUUGGAACCUGAUUGUGGUGAACAUGUUAUCACGGAGCUCACACAAAUCUUACCGCUGACAUUUAUGUUAGACUUGAAACAUAAAGCAGAUACUAUCAUGAGGCCAUACCAGAAAAUUCCUAGAUUGUUGAACUGUAGCUGUCUUGGUUUGGAAACUGAUAAGAAGAGAAAAACAGCUUCGAGGAAGGAAACAAGUGACAACUACUUGUUCUCUCCUGAAUCUUGCGAUGUCUUAAAAGAAGAAGGGCUUCUGCAUUUUCAAGAGCAUUGGGCAAAAGGUGAACCAGUAAUCGUGAGGAACACUCUCAAGAACACACCUGGUUUAAGUUGGGAGCCGGAAGUUAUGCUGCGAGCUAUAAGGGAGUACAUGCAAUCAUCAGAAGUUGAAACGAUUGAUUGUUUAUCUAAUUUUCCAGAAAAAAUUGACAUAGAUUCCUUCUUUGAUGGUUACAAGAAAGGAAAAAGAGAUAGAAGCUCAUGGCCUAAGAUGUUGAAGCUAAAAGACUGGCCUCCUAAUGAUAGUUUUGAGAAUGCUUUGCCUCGUCACUACACUGAAUUCAUAUCCGCAUUACCUUUCCAAGAAUAUAGCAAUCCAGUAACUGGAAUUCUUAACAUUGCAACAAAGCUUCCUGAUAAACUUCUCAAACCAGAUAUGGGUCCCAAAAGUUACAUUGCCUAUGGGUUCCCAGAUGAGCUUGGUAGAGGCGAUUCUGUGACUAAGCUUCACUUGGAUAUGGCAGAUGCUGUUAAUAUACUGACACAUACUGUAAGUGAAGAAAAAAAGGGCAGUAAUGGGAGGAAGAGGAAGAAGAGGAAAAAGAACCAAGAAGAGGAAGAAGAACCAAACGUGGAAAGCGAACAGAAUCAUCAAGAAAUGGGAGGUGCUCUUUGGGACAUAUUUAGGAAUGAAGAUGUUUCUAAGUUAGAACAGUAUAUUAAAAAGCAUUGCAGCGAAUUUAGAGAUGCAUCUGGUCAACCAGUUAUGGAGGUUUAUAACCCGAUACAUGACCAAUCAUUCUAUUUAACUGUAGAGCAUAAAAAAAAACUCAAGAAUGAAUUUGGGAUUAAGCCAUGGACAUUUGUGCAAAAUCUAGGAGAAGCGGUGUUUAUUCCUGCGGGUUGUCCUCAUCAAGUUCGGAAUCUAAAGUCGUGCACCAAAAUUGCAGUUGACUUUGUGUCACCAGAGAACAUCCGUAAGUGUCUGUCUCUGACCAAAGAGUUUCGCCGACUUCCGGUGGGCCACUCAUCCAGAGUUGACAAAGUUGAGAUAAAGAAGAUGCUCAUCUACGCACUUUCGGAAGUAUUGAAUGAACUAGAAACAAUACGAGGAGAGACUAUUACGGGAGAGCAGACACAGAAAUCGUUGACUAAAACAAAUAUGGAAUUGGGAUUUCCCUCGAGAUUAUACUCACUUGGUUGCGAGCCGGAGUGUGAAAAAAGCCUCAACUACCAUAGCAAGAUUGCAUUACUAGGAGAAGUGGAAAAGGCUGUUGGAGAAGUAGUGUGGAGCCGCAUUUGUAAUUCGCCUUUGGGGGUAAUUGCACGGUUUGCUAAAAAUGAUUUCAACUGGUCGUCUAAGAUUGUCAAAAUGCUGCUUGGGAAGCAACUUGUCUGCAACAAAAAAUACGAGAUUUGGUGCUUGUUCGGGAGUACAACAGCUCGUUUUUCUCUAUCAGAGUUCGAAAACAUAACAGGUCUAAACUGUGCACCUUUACCAGAUAAGAAUGAUAAGGAAAUAGAUGUGGGGGAAGGUGUGCAUAAAAACUUGUGGAAAGAGAUGAGAGUCAGAGUAUAA